AUGGAAUUCCCCCCCACACUCUAUCCCCACAAAUUAAAAACAUCCCCGCAGAUCUUUGUACAUCCUAAUGACAUCGACUCUGUGGUGGGGAUUCCUCUUUUCAGGCUUCCAUUGGCAAACAGACAGUAUAGCAAAACAGCAGGACUGCCGUCAACAAUUGCUUGGGCCAUGGCAUUUCUGGCUGAAGUCAGUUCUGGUGCCUUUGUGCUGGAUCUCAUGUGUGGGCUAGGAACGAUACUGCUGGAAGCUGCCAAAGAGCGGCCCGAAGCCUGUUGCUGGGGUGCUGAUAUAAGUGAUUCACAGUUAGAUGUGAAUACUAGGACUGCAGACUUGAUGGAUAAGAUUGAGUUACUUAAAGAUUCUGUGAAAGCAUUGCCAUUGCCUUCAGAAAGCUUUGACACUGUGAUUUCAGAUAUUCUGUUUGGGAAGACGUUCUAGACCACAAAAGACAUACAGCUCUUACUGGAUGUUCUCCAGGAAAUGGAGAGAGUAUUUUGUGUGGGAGGGAGUAUUGUAUUGCUACUGAACCAAGAUCUCCGUAAGCACAUGGAUGGCAUUACCAAGUGUGGUGAAAAUGACUCUCCUAAUGCCUUUUCUGGUGGCACAAGUGAAACUGCCAUUGCAAAAGCCCUGAAUAUUGAUGGGAAUUCUUCCCCCUUAGCGAAUGGUGUUGAAGAAUCCUUUCUCAGCAGCAGACAGACAUGUUUUGGGUCUCUGGUGCCAGAUGGCAUCUAUGGAGUUAGUUCUGGAGAGAGGGAUGCUUUCGUAUACAAAUACAGGAAGAUUUCUACUGCUGGGACUUAG